AUGAGAGCCGGUUUAGAUAACUGGAUCGACAUCACCGUCUUGGUUUUGUACUUUGUGUUCGUCUUCGCUGUCGGGGUUCUGUCCAUCUGGAGAAGAGACCAGAAAACGACCAAAGGCUACUUUUUGGCGGGAAGAUCCAUGAUUCCGUUCCCGAUUGGGGCAUCUCUAUUUGCCAGCAACAUCGGGGCGGAACAUUUUAUUGGCCUGGCCGGAAGUGGGGCGUCAAGUGGGAUCGCUGCAGUGACAUUUGAAUGGGGGGCGGUAUUUUGCUUGUUGAUGCUGGGUUGGGCAUUCCUUCCGGUUUACUUGACAUCAGAGAUUUACACGAUCCCAGAAUUUCUGAAGAGACGUUUUGGCGGGAAAAGAUUAAGAAUUUAUCACAGCCUGAUACUUCAACUGUCUUAUGUUGUUACCAAGAUAUCGGUUGACGUGUACGCUGGUGCUGUGUUUAUACAACAGGCCGUGGGGUGGAACACCUAUCUGUCUAUCCUUAUUUUACUGGCUGUUACUGCUCUUUACACUAUCUUGGGCGGACUGGCUGCUGUGAUAUUUACAGACACAUUGCAGACCAUCAUCAUGGUUGUCGGAGCUACAGCUUUGUCCAUAAUGAGUUUCAUAAAAGUUGGUGGAAUAUCUGCAUUAUUUGAAAAGUAUUUCGAGGCCAUUCCUUCUACGGAGAGCAGCGUGUUGUUCAUGCCUGUAAAUCUGUCGUCAUUAAACAACACGUAUAACCUGACGGACGGUCUAUUUUCUAACGUCAGUCAGCAGUGCGGAUUGCCUCGUUCUGAUGCAUUCCACAUAUUCCGGGACCCAGUUAACUCAGAUUUACCCUGGCCCGGCGUAAUGAUCCGGACUACUUUCAUUGGCACUUGGUUUUGGUGCUGCGACCAGUUGAUCGUUCAGAGAACCUUGGCUGCCAAAAAUAUAGCCCACGCCAGAGCAUCCACCAUAUUUGCUUCAUACCUGAAGUUUUUACCUAUGUUUAUUAUCAUUUUUCCGGGGAUGAUAAGCAGAGUAUUAUUUCCAGACGCCGUGGCAUGCGUAGAUCCUCAGAUUUGCAUGGAGGUGUGUGAAAACCCAGCUGGCUGUUCCAACAUUGCCUAUCCUAAGCUAAUUCUAGACUUGGCUCCUACUGGCAUGCGCGGACUGAUGAUGGCAGUGAUGAUAGCUGCUUUGAUGAGUUCUCUGACGUCGAUCUUUAACAGCUCCGCCACUCUGUUUACUAUGGAUCUGUGGACACGCUUUAGAAAUCAAGCCACAGAAAGGGAACUUCUCAUUGUAGGAAAGAUAUUUGUUGUGGUCCUUGUGGGAGUCAGCGUUCUCUGGAUUCCUUUAAUUCAAGCAGCACAAGGGGGACAACUCUAUUUUACAAUACAAGCCCUAACAGGAUACCUGGCCCCUCCGAUUGGAGGGAUUUUCCUGCUGUCUAUAUUUGUCCCUAGAGUCAACGAACAAGGUGCGUUCUGGGGUAUGCUGAUUGGUCACGUGAUAGGCGUUACACGGAUGAUCCUGGACUUUGUAUACCCCUCACCUAGAUGUGGAGAAGCAGACACUCGCCCUGGUGUGGUUGCCGAUAUCCAUUUCACUUAUUUCUCCGUCCUCCUGCUGGGUCUGUCCUGGGCAGUAUGUCUCACCGUAAGUCUGCUAACCAAGGCGCCGCCAAGGAAAGCGUUAAAAGGAUUAACUGUUUGGACGACUGAAAAAUUUGAAGCACCACCAAAGGAAGAGAGAAGCGUAAUUACAUCAGAAAUGGUCAAACUCAACGACAUUUCGGUAGAGGUAACAUCCGAAGAUGGUGAGAAUGAAUCCCUCAAAAACGAGAAAUUUCGCACAAGUUGUUCCUCAUUGGAGAAUGAAGACGGACCCGGAUUACGCUUCAGAAGAAAAUUAUAUAUGACAAGGAAGACAAAUAUCAUCCUGAACAUCAAUGCCUUGAUUCUGAUUGCUGUUUUUGUGUUUCUUUACGUUUAUUUUGCUUAG